AUGAAACCUCCUUGUUCCGACACAACGUGUAGACUAAAGUGUAUAGAAAAAGUGUCUCAUGAUCAGAGAUUCCAAAGUUUUGAAAAAUUUUGGAACAUUGGCGACCUAGACUUACAAAGAGCAUACAUCCAUUCUUGUAUGACCGACAUAACACCCAGGUAUAAAUAUACAAAUGCAGAACAGCCUCGCAAACCCAACAAAGCAUUUCAUUUCAUAGUUAAUGAAAAACUUACAAGAAUUUGUAAAACAUUUUUCAUGAGGACGCUUGAUAUAUCCGACCGGUUUAUUCGCACAGUCAAAAACAACCGCGAUGCUCAUAGUUUUACAAAACCGGAUGGUAGAGGUAAGCAUAAUCAUCAUAAGGAUAUAGCUCUAAAGCUAGUAGAAGAUAUUAAAAACCAUAUUAAUUGGAUACCCAGAAUGGAAGCCCAUUAUGUGAGAUCUGACUCAAGUCGAGAAUAG